AUGGCUUCGCCCUCAGCCACAGACUCUCCAGAAGAGGAGAGCACCGAUGUCCCCGAGGUGACGCAAGCAGAGACGAGAGCGGCCGUGUCGCGACUCCGGGCUAAGAACACAGCGCCCGGACCCGACGGAGUUCCUGGUCGAGCUCUCGUCCUGGCUCUGAAGGAGCUAGAGCCCCAGCUGAGAGGGCUCUUCACGGCAUGUCUCGAGCAGGGUCAGUUUCCCAGUGUGUGGAAGGAGGGGAGGCUGAUCCUGCUCAGGAAGGAGGGGCGCCCCGCGGACUCACCGUCCGCGUACCGGCCCAUAGUGCUGCUCGACGAGGCGGGCAAACUUCUUGAGCGUAUCAUCGCAGAUCGCCUCGUCGGCCACUUGUGCAGAGAGGGGCCGGAGCUGGACGAGAACCAGUUUGGUUUUCGUCGCGGGCGCUCCACCAUAGACGCUAUUACGCGCGUGAGGGCCCUGGCGGAGGAGACAGUAUCCCGGGGUGGGGUGGUGCUGGCGGUGUCUUUAGACAUCUGCAACGCCUUCAACACCCUACCCUGGAGUUGUAUUCGGGAGGCACUGAAUUACCAUCGCGUGCCUCCCUACCUCCGCCGCAUAAUAGGGGCUUACCUUGAGGAGAGAUGCGUUACCUAUUGGGGACGUGACGGCGCUGGUCGGCGCGUCAUGUCGUGCGGUGUUCCGCAGGGAUCGGUCUUGGGACCGCUCCUGUGGAACAUCGGCUACGACUGGGUGCUGAGAGGUGAACUCCCGUCGGGCGCCGACUUGACGUGUUAUGCGGACGACACGCUCGUCACUGCCCGGGGGAGUUCGCACAGGGAAGCAGCGUUGGUUGCCACGGCUGCGGUGUCACAAAUAGCGCCCGAGGCUGUGCGGAAAUGUUUCUCGAACUCUACGUUAAAUGGGGUGUCUGUAUCGCUAUGGCCAAAAUUACCUCAAAUGGGGUAA